AUGACGAAGAAAGGUGAUCCUGCCGAGAAGUUUGGUGUCCCGGCAAUCACUUCUCCAUUGCCUGGAACCCGGUCAGAUGACUCGUUCAAGUUCAUCGAACACUGCUUGCAAGAGUGCUUGGGGAAUCACAACUGCUCUAUAAGCAUGUUCAGAUCGCGUCGUCAUGCUACAUUCAGAACAACAACAGUUAAUGAUGGGCUUGAACCAAAAAGACCAAAUGAUAUGGUGGAGACUGGAGGUCCACUUCGUUUGGUUGACGUCCGAGCAUUUUGCGGCGACCAUAACUAUGACAUUGAAUGCGGACACAAUGUGCGGUUAGUUGAAAACCUGCCAGUCUGCCCAAGAUAUAUGACUCUAAGUCAUUGUUGGGGCCAAAAGCUUGACACCAAUGCCAUCACAACAAGAGGAAAUCUUUCCAGUCGCAUGAAAGGAAUAAAACUUGAUGAUUUACCUGCAAACUUCCGGGAUGCUAUUAGCAUUACCCGCCGACUAGGCAUUCAGUAUUUGUGGAUAGAUGCGUUGUGCAUCAUCCAAGACUCACAAGCUGAUUGGGCUCAAGAAUCGAUGAAGAUGGGCUAUAUAUAUGACGGCUCAUAUCUCACAGUCGCAGCGAGUGCUAGCGAGGAUAGUACCGGAGGAUGUUAUCGCAGUACUGGAAUAAGGCAAGACAAGUUGGGUGGAGGGAGUUUGAUCGAAAUCAUAAAUAGGCUCACAGUCGCAAGUGGUCAGCCAUCGACAUUGAUUUUUUGGGCACCAAACUUGAGCGAGGAUGAUCCUCUUAGAGAACCUGCCCCAUUGAUUGGCUGUGCUCUGAGCCAACGUGGAUGGGUAUUUCAGGAAAGAAUCUUAUCGCCGCGGACAAUUCAUUUUACAAACUCCCAACUGGUUUGGGAAUGCAGAGAAUUAUAUGAGAUGGAGGAUCGUCUGCCUUUUGUCACAGCCCAGGGCACUCUUUCCCUGGCUAUGAAUCGAGAGAUCUCUCCCGAUAGGAUAAGGCAGAUCUGGUACGACUGGCUCAUUGGAUUCGGAUACUCCAGUAGAAAGUUCACUAUGAUGGAAGAUCGACUCAUCGCCAUAGCGGGUAUUGCGAGGUCUCUACACGAACGGACAGGUGUACCAUACAUUGCUGGUCUAUGGACGAACAACCUAGGUUUCGGGUUAGGUUGGCUUGAAAAGCCUAAACAUAGAACUCAAUAUCACUCUCAACCAUCAAACAAAUUUAACUCCCGACGCCGGCCGACUUGGACUUGGGCUUCAACUGACCAAGAAUUCCAAUAUUCGCUGAGGGAUUUUGAAGAGGACCGUGAUUUCCACUACGUCGACAAUACAAUGAAGACUCUAGGAGACGUUAACGAUCCAUUUACUAUCAUUAUCGGAGGGUGGCUGAAAAUCAGAGGAAGGGUUUACGAAGGUCCUACUUCUUAUUUUACCAGAUUAUGUUUGGAUACUAUGGCCCAGCAGGAGGUUUUGGGAGCUGCAUUAGCACAUUCUGAAGUCGGGUCCUCUGCCUUCAACCCACCCUCAUGGGUGUAUAUUCAAUUAGGGCAAUUUAGAAACCGAACAAACAGCGGCGAUAUUAUCAUUGAGGAAUCAUGGCUCAUAGUGCGCCGGGUGGAGGCGAGUGAGGAAGAGUAUGAGAGAAUCGGCAUUGCUUACCGCAACCAAGAACUUGGACCACUGACUAGGGCUUGGCAGGAUUGGCUGGGAGAGGAUUUUACAAAAAAAUACUUGGUAAGGGAUCUUAAGCUGGUAUAA